CGGUGAAAAGCACAUGUGAACGGAAGAGUUGAUCACUAUUGCUUUAAAUGUCAAUGUAUAUUGAUUGAUACGUGCUGAAAUGAUUAUUUAACAAACAUUGGUGUACAUUUUAUACAACUAGCGAUCCCAAUAGAUGUGGAUGACGCCUGAAUUUGAUUUUAAUAUAUAAAAGUAAAGUUUUAAAAAUUUCUGAAGUUUGCAGUUUCACAGUUCAUUUCAUAUUCAUAACAAGCAUUGGAUCAGAGUCUGGAGAUGGCUUUUCAAAGAAAUAUUUGGAUGGAUUCUAUUUUUGCAAUCGUAUCCAUUGUCGCAUUUGUGUCUGGCCAAGGGGAUUUCAUAACUCAACCACAACAUGUCACCAAAAUGGUUGGACACCAGGUUACAUUUGACUGUGCUGUUGCAGAAGAUAUGGCAAGAGCCCCUAUUGUCAUCUGGCAAAAUGGAUCUAGCUUCUUGAGUUUUGGCUAUGACAUGUUAGACGCAUCGAACAAUAGAGUAAGAAUCCUGGGGCAGGAAGGAGGGAUGAAAAGAUGGCAGUUACAGAUAGAUGAUAUCCAGCUCUAUGAUCAGGGAGAGUAUAGCUGUAAACUGAACACAGUACCCGAAGCACAAUAUCAGAGAAACACUCUCACUGUGCAAGAGCGCCCUUCAAUAGAGAUUAACCCAAUUGAUCCUACUACUGAGGACGGAACCUAUGAGAUGAGAGAGGGGGAGAGCCGCAUUAUUUCAUGUGACGUCAUUAAAGGAACCCCAGAACCACAAGUCAAGUGGUUAAAAAUGGGUGCUUACAGGGUGAAUACCAAUGAUUAUGGAGUAAUAUUAGAACUGCCAGGAAGUGAACUGAUACUGAAUGAUGUCAGUGCUGAUGAUGCUGGAACCUAUCAGUGUGUGGCUGACAAUAAAGUAGGACCACCUGCAACUAUGACGGCCAAAGUCAUGGUGCAUUAUCCCCCCAGUGUUGAUGUGAACCGCAAGCAACGCCAAGUAAAGCCCCGAGACCCAGUGAACAUAGAUUGUGUUGCUAGUGCAUCUCCUGCCCCUGAAGUCUACUGGUUCCACAAUGGCAGGGAACUAUUUUUUGAGGAUGAAAAUGGACCGUUUGAAAAAGCAGACCUAGGCACAGCUGCAGAUAGCAAUCCAGAUCCUAAUUCACACACAUUCAGGUUGACCAUCAAGUCUGUAGAAGCUUCAACAUUGGGAGAGUACGCUUGUGAGGUUGAAAAUUCAGAAGGCAGAGAUGAAGCUGUUGCUAAAAUCUUAGGUCUGCCACAACAAACUGAGAUAACAAGUAAUCCUAUGUCACCAUAUGGGGAUACCUACCCCUUAGAAUACAAAGCCUCAUCUAAAUCACCUUUCUUACUGUUUAACCUACAACUCAGGGGCAUUAAUGUAAAUGGCAGUGAAAACACAGGUGAUUGGGUCAACAUAACCAUACCUGCCACCAGCUCUGGGCCACAAUCUCACUGGCUUAGUGAUCUCAGUCCUAAUUCUCAGUACGAGAUAAGACUUCAAGCUGUUAAUGGAUUCGGAGCAGGGCCAUUCAGCGAUAUAUUCACAUUCAGCACUGGAGAAAUGGAUAGACCAGAUGUUGGAAAACGCAGUAGUGCUUCCUUUCUAUAUCCCUCAGUACUUCUUGUGGUUGCCAUAGCAAUGAGGACAUUCUGCUGAGGAUACUAGCGCCAUCUAUCAGGAACUUUCAUCAUUAAGAUAGCCAGCAAUAUAAGAUUGCCACGAUUAGGGAUGUUCUCUUUAAGGAAUCCCAGCAACAAAAAAUAAAAGAAAGCAUAAUAUUUGUCACUCAGACUAUUUACUAUAUCUAGUAUCUGGGAUAUUUAGUUAGAAUAUCAAUAGGUAAGAAAAGUUGCACAUUUAAAUUUAACUUAAAGGUCUUACAUCAAGUCUCUGCACAAUUGACUACUCCCCUUCACUUUGGACAACUUCCCCAAUAGAACAACUCCCCAAUAGGACAACUCCCCCUUCGGACAA